UCGCACACUUUCUGUUAAGUGGCGAGAAAUAUAAAAUUUGGAACUCUUGCCACAAUUUCAAAACAUAGGCACCGAAAAUCAUCUUCCAGAUCUCCCUCUCUCAGGUAAACUCAUAUAUUUGAUCUCAAAUUUUCCUCAAUUUUGUUAGAGAAUUAUGAAAUCGAGUAAUUUCAAUAACUAUGAUUUUGAUUUUGGUUUCGGAUCUGGUUCAUCAUCAUCAUCAAAUAACAAAUCUCAACCCUUAAAUGGCCAACAAAAGCAAAAUUCUUCAUCUUCAUAUACAUAUAAUUUGAAUUCAAAUGCACAACCAAAACCAAAUCCUGUUUAUAAUCCAAAUAAACCAUCAUGGACUCAUCAACCAUUACCGAGUCAAACAGUUCAAUCAAACCCUAGUUCAAUGGUUGGUGAUAUAUUUGGGAAAAGUUGGGGAUCAUCUACUACUUCCACUACUAGUAUUGGGAUUCCUGAAAAGAAUCCUAAUCUCUUUGGAGAUCUUCUUGGAUCUGCUUUAGGACAAAGUAGUCAGAAGAGUAAUGUUCCGUUGAAAAAUGCCGCUCCGGCUCAGAAUAAUAAUAGCAAGAGUAAUGUUUAUUCCAUGGGUAAUUUAUCGGGUUCGUUACCAAAGGGGGCGAACAUUGGUGCUCAGAAUGGCAUUAAUAACAAUGGAGGUGUCAAAACGGGGACUCUUGGUGGUAUGGGUAUGAAAAAUGGAGGUGGCAAUGGAAAUAAUAAGGAUCCAUUUGGGUCUUUAUUGAAUUUUGGAGGUAAGAAGGAAACUCCAAUUAAUAAGGCGGCACCAAAAAAUGUCAGCAGUAGCAAUGAGGAUUAUUCAUUUGGUGAUUUUCAAAAUGCUGGGAAACCUAUGUCAGUUCCAUCUACUCAGUCGAAGGGAUCGAGUGAUGGUGUGUCUGGUUUAAAGACGGGUAAUUUUGGUGAUUUUGAUUUCCCCACGCAAAAUUUCCCUUCACAGAAACAGGCUACUGAACAACCCAAGGGUGUUGAUCCACUUGAUAUGUUGUUUCCAUCGAAGCCAACUCCUGCAGCUCCAGGCGGAUCUAGCAAUCAAAACCAGCAGUUUUCUGAGAUGGAAGAUUGGGGUGAUAUGGGUACAGAUUUUGGUGGAGAUGAUGGUGGUAGUACAACUGAGCUGGAAGGACUUCCACCGCCUCCAGCUGGAGUUUCAGCUACAACUGCAACAAACAAGGGUUUGGAUAGUCAAAAGCAAGGGCAGCAUGCUGAUGCCAUAAAGUGGCUUUCUUGGGCUGUUGUGCUACUAGAACGAGCUGGGAAUUCUUCAGCAAUUAUGGAAGUUUUGUCAUCCAGAGCUUCUUGUUACAAAGAAGUUGGGGAGUAUAAGAAGGCAGUUGCCGACUGUACAAAGGUGCUAGAGCAGGACCCCAAAAAUGUUGCUAUCCUAGUACAACGUGCACUUCUGUACGAGAGCACUGAAAAGUACAAGCUCGGGGCAGAAGAUUUAAGGGCUGUUUUGAAGAUUGAUCCUGGUAACAGGCUUGCAAAAAGUACCGUUCACCGUUUGACCCAAAUGGCCGGGUAGAUGAGCUUCUUCCAUCAAGUAAUUCCUUUUCAUAUUUUUUCUUGAUCUCCGUAUAGGUAGAAGGUACAGAUAUGAUCUUGUUUCCCGUUUCCUAUAUAAUGUAUGUGGGAAGUAAUAACAUGUAUCUUGCUUGGCAACAUGAGUUAUGUGCUGACGAAUUUGUAUUAAGGAGGAUAAUUUUGUCUUUAUAUUUGCUGUAUGAUGUAUCCCAGUUUGUUUAUUUACAGUCCCGGUUGGAUACACUCAAUUUACGAUUACACAACAGUUCAAUAUUGUUCACUAUGUACAUUUUUUUAUCUUUCUACUCAACUGAUCAACAGGCGAGUAGGGAACAAUUUUUACAUUUUUGUUGGAGAUGAAUGCAAAUAAAUUGAGUUUUCUGCGUU